GAGCCUGAUCAUCCAGGAGCCUGAGCUCUCAGAUCCACAGGAGGCUCAGACACAGCCUGCAGCAGAACUUCAGCCAUGAAGACCACACUGGCAGCUCUCACUCUCUGCCUCGGGCUGCUCAUGACCACAGGUUUUCCUUUUGAGAGGAAAGGGGGCCCACAGACUGGUGGGGCCAAGGAGAAGCGUGCCCAGUACGCAGCCAGGGAUGACGUCAAUAUAAUCGCCCAUGGGCUGCUCCAGCUGGGCCAGAACCUGAAGGAGCACGUGGACAAAACCAAAGUCCAGAUGAGGGAUAUUUUCAUCAAGCUCAAAGCCUUCAACCGCACCACAGCGGAGCUGGGGAGGGAGAGUCAGAGGCUGCAGGCGGAGGGGGAGACCCUGAAGGCUCGGGCCCUGCAGAUGGAGCACAGAGAGGGUCAGCUGCUCAACAUCACAGCUGAGCUCAAGGAGAAGGCAGAGGAGAUCCAGCAGGAGAGGAGGACCAUGGGCGAGAGGAUGAGCCGGCUGGAGCAGAGGGUGGACAGCAUGCUGCAGGGACACACGAGCUCCAGCUUCAGGAACAGCAGCGACACCGGCAACAUCCAGCUCCUGCUGGAGGCCCAGAGCAGACGCAUCGAUGAGCUGGUGGAGCGCAUCAGGCUGCAGCAGGACAAGCUGGACAAGCAGAACACGCGCAUCAGGACGCUGCAGCGUCAGCUGUCAGGACAGGAGCCCCCCCCACGGAGCAACAGCACUGAGGAGCCGCAGACCUCCUUGGAGGAGCAGCGAGACACUCCUCAGGAGGUGGCAGCAGACUGUCAUGAGCUGUUUCUGCGAGGAGAGACCACCAGCGGGGUCUACACCAUCCAACCAGAAGACUCAGGACCUUUCAACGUCUUCUGUGAGAUAACAGCUGAUGGAGGAUGGACAGUGAUCCAAAGGCGCCAAAACGGCUCAGUGGAUUUUGACCAGCUGUGGGAGGCUUACGAGAACGGCUUUGGCAGCCUGAACGGAGAAUUCUGGUUGGGUUUGGAGCACAUCCACAGUGUUGCUAAAGAUGGUGGCUACAUUCUCAACAUCCAGCUCUCAGACUGGGAAGAUGACACAGCAUCCGUUCAACUUCCAUUCCAACUGGGAGGAAGGGAAACAAACUAUUCCCUCCAGAUUCAGGAGUCCGACACGUUUGGCACACUUGAGAGUUCUUUGGGAGCUGAUGCCGUCCUCGGUUUGGCUUUCACUACCCGUGAUCGGGACAACGAUUACAAAGUUAACAUCAACUGUGCCAAACACCUCUCUGGUGGUUGGUGGUUCAGUAGCUGUGGUCGCUCCAACUUAAAUGGUAGAUACUUCCAGAGCCCUCCUCCAAAGCAGCGCCAUCAGAGAAAGCAAGGUAUCUUCUGGAAGACCUGGAGGGGACGGUACUACCCACUUAAGUCCAGUGUAAUGAUGAUUGCCCCCACUGCAAUCAAAAAGUCAUAAAAGUUCAAAAAGGCAGAAGAAAAAACAUCAAAACCAACGAGAAUGUUCUGAACUCUGCUUCUGUCUUGAUGUGAUCAGUGAGAAUGGGAUUUAUACCAGAGCCCAUCAACAGGAAGACAAAGACUCCAGUAUGAAUGGGUUUUCAUUGUUCUGGUAUGUAAAAAGACAAACUGAUGUGGUAUCUAAAACUACAAAUUAAUUAAUUUGAUCAGUGAAGUGUUUUCUUUCUGGUGUUCCAAUGGGCAAGUCUCGACCUGUGUGCUGUGCUGUGAGCCGUAAAGCAUUUCCCAACAGGCACACACUCCUCACCAGGUAGGCCCGUUGUGGACGUUCUGCACGGUUAGGUACAAAACAACUGCCAAGUUGUUCUGUUUCGUAAUAUAUUCAUACACGCAAAAGCUAUCAGGCUUUACCAAAUUCAAAGCUGUGGACAGAAUGGUGACAUAAAACAAAGAUCAUUGAAAAUGUUUAUGUGAACACUGUUGUCAAAUUCAGAUUUUACAAAGAUAUUGUGUUAAAAUGAAUAUAAAAGACCGUCUAGCCUUUUUCCAACGACAAAUUGCAUUUCAGCAAGCAAAUCUAAACUGAAUGGACAGUCUGGUUAUUUCUAAAGGGAUGUUUAGUCAAAUGAUUAUCAGUAAGUGGAACGUUAUCAGACGUGACUUCAGUCAUAGAGCGUAGUCUGGAGAAAAAAGUCAGAAGUUUUCCUCCAGGCUAGUUUAAUGGUAGCCAGUGGUGUCAUUUACAUUUUUGUAGUGGGUAUACUGCGGUAAAGUUAGUUUUACGUUGGACACCGCUGAAGCCACGUAGCACAAAUGUCUAACGCCCAACGUAAACCUAAGUUUUCUGUGGUCAGUCCAUAUACUGUGCUUAGA